GCUGUCAUACCGAUUGUGUUUAAAUAGUGGCCUGUAUUCCACGUGCUCGCUUGUUUGGCCAAUUAAUUUGAUGUUAUUUUUCAAUUUUUAAUUCAAAAAAAUCGAAUAAUCAUGUCCGCAGCAAUAACCGAUGUUGAUAAAAGUGAACAACAUGUUGAUGCCGAAGCAAAUGAAUACAUUUCAGAUGAAGAGAAAAACAACGAUGACGGCGAUUUGAGGCAAGAAUCAAAAGGUAGUAAUGCUAAAAAGAAAAAGAAUAAAAAAAAGAAAAAACAAACGGCUACCGAAUCAGAUACCAUCGCCGAGACUCCUGAUGAAGUCCAAGAAAUUUCAAACAAAAUCGAAUCGCAAUUACAAAUGGACGAUCUUGAAGGUGAAGGUGACGGGCCUAUAGCAAAAUCCAAAAAAAAACGACACCGCAAAAAGAAACCGACUAUCACUUCUCCUCUUGUUCAAACUGAUCCUCCAUCGAUUCCCAUUAAAGAUUUAUAUCCAGAUGGCAAUUUUCCGCUUGGUGAAAUCUGUGAACAUCCUGGUGUGGAUGAAAAUACUGCCAAAUAUCGCAUCACAUCGGCUGAAAAAAAGGCAAUGGAUGAAGCAUCUGAAGAUCAAUAUCGAGAUCUUCGUUGUGCGGCUGAAGCUCAUAGACAAACUCGUCAAUAUAUGCUAGACUACAUUAAACCUGGUAUGACAAUGAUUGAAAUUUGCGAACGUUUGGAAGAUACGGCUCGAAAAUUAAUAGCUGAAAAUGGGCUCGAAUCUGGAUUAGCUUUUCCAACUGGAUGUUCGUUGAAUCAUUGUGCAGCUCAUUAUACUCCAAACGCUGGUGAUAAAACUGUACUUCAAUAUGACGAUGUUUGUAAAAUCGAUUUCGGUACACAUGUUAAUGGUCAUAUCAUCGAUUGUGCAUUCACAUUAACUUUUGAUCCAAAAUAUGAUGAACUUUUGAAAGCAGUCAAAGAUGCCACAAACACAGGAAUUCGUGAAGCCGGUAUUGAUGUACGACUUUGUGAUAUUGGAAAAUCGAUACAAGAAGUCAUGGAGUCUUAUGAACUCGAAUUGAAUGGUAAAUCAUAUCCGAUAAAAUCGAUUAGAAAUUUGAAUGGCCAUUCAAUUGGUCCGUAUCGUAUUCAUGCUGGAAAAACGGUUCCAAUCGUGAAAGGUGGUGAAGAAACCAAAAUGGAAGAAGGUGAAGUCUAUGCCAUCGAAACAUUUGGUUCUACUGGCCGUGGAUUGGUGAACGAUGAUAUGGAGACAUCACAUUACAUGAAAAAUUUCCACGUCCAACAUGUGCCCUUAAGAUUGACCGGUUCGAAGCAGUUGUUAAAUGUUAUCAAUCAGAAUUUUGGCACCUUAGCAUUCUGUCGUCGAUGGCUUGAUCGUCUUGGUCAAACUCGAUACCUAAUGUCAUUGAAUGAUUUAUGUAAAAAAGGUAUCAUUGAUCCUUAUCCUCCGCUUUGCGAUGUCAAAGGAUCAUAUACUGCCCAAUAUGAGCAUACGAUUAUUCUACGGCCAACAUGCAAAGAGGUCGUUUCCCGUGGUAAAGAUUAUUGAUUGAUAAUUUAAUACGUUGUAAUUUUUCUUGCUAAUCAAAAUGAUUUCAUGA